CCAUGAAGAACCCGGUCGACCCGUUCUUGCGGUUCCCGGGCCAGGUCCUCGGCCGCGUCCUGAGCUACCUCGGCUACCAGGACCUGACGAGGGUCGGCCUCGUCAGCAAGCGGUGGCGCAGGAGUCAAACCCUCAACUACACGUGGUUCCUCCUCCUCCAGUCGUACACCUUUACCGACCCGGCCCACCGCACCCCGACCUACGCCGAGUCGACCGGCCUCCCGACCUGGCGCAGCAGCGAGGCGUCGCAGGACUGGGCGGCCCACUUUGCGAGCAUCUACCAGCAGCCCGACGUGCCCGAGGGCGACGAGUCGGACCACGACGAGAAUGGCCUCACGCUCAAGGAGGAGCGCGAGCUCAAGUGGCGCGACGAGAACGAGGCCGACGAGCUCGCCGGCAUGGACAAGAACGCCAUGCGCGAGUUUUACAAGAGCCUCGGCAACAAGAAGAUGAAGGGCAAGCGCACAAAGGGCGGCGUGAGGACGCACGAGGGCGACGGGCUCGGACCUCCCGCCGACCCAGAAGUAUGAAGCGCAUCUCGCUCUCUCUUUCCCUCUCCUGCUGUACCCCCUCAGUCGUGCGGAACUCUCGAGUCGUCUAAUACUGUAGCGAUCCCCCCUCGUCAAUACAACCUCCUCAGCUCCUCGUGCCACCUCGGUCGCUCGCCCUGCCCCUCUCC